AUGUGUGGACCGGAGACCACGAAUCGUCCUCGCGGAGGAGCCCUCGCUGCUCUUUCACCACCCUCAACUCCAGUCUCCCUUCCCCGUAGCACCCUCUGUGGCGACUUGGCCUUCCAUACUCCAGGAAAUCCCGGCAGCACGAACGCUACACACGCCAGGCUCACACCAGAAGAGGUCUGCCACCACACAGCCCUGUCCGACCUCUGCGUCGUGAUCCAUUCAUCCGGGGACCUCACCCGCAACCCAGCCGACUGCGGUUUGUUCCGCCAGUUCACGAUCCCCGCCAAGCUUACAUCCCAGAAUGGCGAAUACUACGAGCUCGCGCUGGAGAGCCCGCUGUCCCUCGCCGUGGGCAACGACGGUAUUAUUGGCAGGCGCGUCUCCCUGUGCUCGGGCUCCAGCCUGGAUCGGGACAACAUCGUCGCUGAGGGCAUCGUCGGCUUCAACUUCAUGAGGCCGGUGCAGCCAACCCUUUGA